AUGAAGCUGUUGCGUCCUGUCUCGGAAUCCUUACUCAAUGAUAGCCAUCCCAAUAGAGCUCCCGUAUUUCUCUUCGACUUGAGUACUGUGCUUCUGGAACUCGUCAUCAAUACGUUUUCCAACACCUUCGCUGAAGUACGACUCAUCGAAAACGCCGGGACGAUGCCAGGCUCCGCCUCCUUGCUCCAUAUGAAGGUACAGGGGAUCCCACGAUUUCAGUUUCCGCAAAACGCGAAGUCCAGUGUCCUUAUUGGCCGUAGUGACCGUCAGGAAAUACGGAUAGUUUCAAUGAAGGUUGAAAGAGCAAGGCUCGAGAAUAGAAGAUUGAAUGGAAAGCAAAUUAAGGGGGAAUUGGCAGCGUCAGUACACAGUGCACCGAUUUUAUUGAAGGGGAGAAUGAGAAACUGA